AUGAGUAUAUUUCCAGUAUUGGAAAGAAGAAAUGGUUGUCCAGCCAAUGAGACGAGGUAUGUGGCUAUUGCACUUGUACAACCCUACACAAUCCGAAAGAUCAUAAUUAUCUCGCUUGUGAAAUCUGAGCUGUGCGAUUAUGAAGCUAAUAAUCUACGGACUGACAGGAGCUCGCGUCACCUCGCGAAGCGCGGCCUUAGCCUUAAACCGGGCACGAGCCGCGUCGCGGCGUGGCGCCAUCGCAAAGUGCAUGUGCGGGCGCGCGGCGCGUCGCGUCGCAUCGCG